GGUAUUCAUACGGUAAAUGGUGGGAAUGUGACGUGUUUUUCUAUUUUCACAUCUGGACCGAGUUCAGCUGGACUGCAGGGGAAGACACAGCUGUCACUACAGAACGUAUUUCUCUGGACUCUGCAGAGAACACAAGUUGCCUCACAGAGUGCUGCUGACGUCACUGGAGUCCGGUUCUCUUCUGCAACAAAAAAAGUCGCAGAAGCAGCCCGUUUGCUGCAGUGGAAUCUCACACGCACGCACACACACACACUGGUCCUGCUUGUGGCUGUCAGAACAAGCAGAGCGCAGGAGCUGCAGUGACUCAGCAGAGAUUCUUCCCGCUAUCUCACCAAGAUGGCUGACAACGACCCGAAAGACCCGGCUCCUUCAUCGGGGACACUCUCCCCGGGCCAGCUGCAGUCUCACUUCAAGAUGGAACCAAAGACCCUGGGGGCCGUCCAGCUCGUUAUUGCAGCUGUGAUUCUGUGUCUGAGUGCCUCCGUGUUCCAAGUCCACGAAGUCCACUUCACGGCAGACAUAGCCCUCUUCCUCAUCGUGGUCAUACAGGUGACUUUGUCAGGGUCUGUGUUGAUCUACAGUGGGAGAAGACCCACUCUCUUUUGGGUGAAAUGUGCCCUCGUUUUGCAUCUCAUCAGCGCUGCCUUCGCCACCGCUGCCCUGGGUCUGAUGUCCAAGCACCUCCCCUACAGGCAGGACUCAUACCACUGCGAGCACUGCCGCCGAUUGGAGCUCCACGCUGUGCAACAUUGUUUCAGGAAAUGCACAGCGCUGAUCGAGCAAAAGUGUGAACUCUUGAUUGACGGGAUCCUAGGAACGCUGGUGGUGUUCCUGGUGCUGGAGCUGCUCAUCUGCAUCACCGCCAUGCUCUUUGGACUCACCGUGCUCGCAGCUCGUAGAAGUCAGGCUCCAAGUGAGCGACCACGAUAUCCCCAGACUCGCCCCCCACCAUCUCCAUCUCCAGUUGUCCACGUUGUUCCGGUUGCUGCCGAGCCAAGUGUAUCCCAGCAGGUGGCGGUCGUUGUGACCGAACCAGACUCUGAGCUGGUGGACGACAUCGCCACUCCGCCGACGGAACCUCAGGUGGAACCUAUUUACCCAUGAACACACACACACACUUUUCCGGCAUCUGCCGUUGUGUAAAUACAGAUGCUGCACCUGGUGCUUUUUAACAAUGUCCCACCUCUCCCCUUCUUUGUCUUUUUAUGACCGAUUUGUGCGUCAACUCAGGCGACAAUUUGAAUAGAAACCAAGAAAAACACACCUAUCACCUACUAUAACUCUGUUAUUAGACAUGUGAACUACAUUAUGUAUUGACAGGCAGUGUGAGGAAAUCAUAUAUAUUCUCCUCACUAGUAGAAUUUGUAUUUACAUUAAUGCUAUUUUAAAUAAAUACAAAGAAAAUAAUUAUUGCUAAUGUUGCUAUGUCCAGAAACUAAAAAAGGCCUACUGAAAUGAGAUUUUCUUAUUUAAACGGGGAUAGCAGGUCCAUUCUAUGUGUCAUACUUAAUCAUUUCGCGAUAUUGCCAUAUUUUUGCUGAAAGGAUUUAGUAGAGAACAUCGACGAUAAAGUAGCAACUUACUUUUGGUGCUGAAUAAAAAUCCUCGCCUGUACCGGAAGUAGCAGACGAUAUGCGCGUGACGUCACGGGUUGUUGAGCUCCUCACAUCUGAACAUUGUUUACAAUAAUGGCCACCAGCAGCGAGAGCGAUUCGGACCGAGAAAGCGACCAAUUCCCCAUUAAUUUGAGCGAGGAUGAAAGAUUCGUGGAUGAGAAAAGUGAGAGUGAAGGACUACAAAAAAUUUUUUUUUAAAAAGACUAUACAGUGGGAGAGAUUUAGAUGUUAUUAGACAAAUUUACUAGGAUAAUUCUGGAAAAUCCCUUAUCUGCUUAUUGUGUUACUAGUGUUUCAGUGAGAUUAUAUGGUCGUACCUGUACAACCUGAAAGUCGGCCCUGCACCAGUCGACGGGUGGUGGCGAUGCCCAUCUCUGCCCUUCGAAAGGGACCCUCUUCGAAACAGGGUCUUUCGAAAUGAUCGCUGCAUAAUACACUGUUCUUUGUGUGUGUGGUCCAAUCCAACCGUGUUCGCUUGACCGCUCUAUUCCAUAGUAAAGCUUCACGUCAUCUUUCGGGAAUGUAAACAAUGAAACACCGGCUGUGUUUGUGUUGCUCAAGGCGGCCGCAAUACACCGCUUCCCACCUACAGCUUUCUUCUUUGACGUCUCCAUUAUUCAUUGAAUAAAUUGCAAAAGAUUCAGCAACACACAUGUCCAUAAUACUGUGGAAUUAUGCGAUGAAAAGAGACGACUUAUAGCUGUGAACGGUGCUGGAACAAAAUGUCCUCUACAAUGCGUAACGUCACGCGCACGCGUCAUCAUACCGCGUUGUUUUAGCAUGAUACUUCCGCCCGAAAUUUAAAAUUGCAAUUUAGUAAACUAAAAAGGCCGUAUUGGCAUGUGUUGCAAUGUUAAUAUUUCAUCAUUGAUAUAUAAACUAUCAGACGGCGUGGUGGGUAGUAGUGGGUUUCAGUAGGCCUUUAAUGGCAUUGUCUAUUAUCCACCACUUAAUGGCAUGUUUAGCUUUAAAUGUGCAAAAGAACUAUAGUAAAUGAUCAAUUGCCACUGAAGCAUUGUAUGUAUUCUGCAUUCUGUGACAAACACUGUAUAAUGCAAAAAAAUGUCAAAUAAAAUCAUUAAUAAAUCCUG